CCCAGAUCCCCCCAGUUCAGAGGCGGGUUCGGCGAGAUUCGGCCGCAGGAACCCGGGAGGCUCCCCGGCGCGGCCGCCACGGCCUCGUGAUGUAAUUGUCACCUCGUACGGGAGACCGAGCCGAGAGCGGGGCCGCCGAGGAGGUGGCAGCCCUGCUCUUUUUGCCUGGGCUGCUAGAGGGUCGGAUUCUGGCCGGGAUGCUGGAGAUUGGCUGGCGGGCUCGCCGGGGACUUCGCGGUGACAAAGCAGCCGGAGAGAAGCCCUGCUCCUGGGUCCUACGCCCGCCGAGGAGCCGGACGCGCGCUCCUCAGGGAGUUUUUGGACUGUGAGCUAUUUCAGAACUCUGUUCUCAGGACCCAUUAUUUUAACAGUCAGGAGAAACACAUCCAGAAGAUGCACGCUAGGCCGAAGGAGGAGCGGAGAAUCUGAAGAUUUCAGAUGACAUCAGAGCUACUUUACAACAGCCUUCCCGAUUUCCUUUCUCAGAAAGUAGAGACAAACUCAGAGACAGAUGAUAUCGUCAUUAUGUCUGUCUGCCCAGGUGACGUUUCUCUGCCUCGAGCUUACUACAACCUUCAAUCUGGAAAGCUUUGUAUUCUGGGCCAAUACAGGCAAGAAGGAUACUGUGAUGUUUACCAUUUCAGGAAAAUCGAGUCAGAGUUCCUGGAUCACUCAGAACAAAGCAGCACUUUCACCCAGGCAGCGCGUAAUGAAGAAUAACACCGCUGUUGGCAUUUAAUUGGAAACAAAAGAUGAAGAAGGAGAAGCAGUGUAUUCACUAAGGAUUCUAUCCGCCCGCCGCCGCAGACCUGUGUAUUAAGGAAUUCUGCUGCUGCUUCUUGUGGAGUUGAUCAGCUCUGUGGUCAAACUACUUUGGAAUCUGCCUGCCUUUCCUCUUGUCACAGGGAACCCUGGUUGGAAUGUAACCGUGCAUCUCUGUCUGAUGACUAUGGAAGGUGAUAAACUGACACUCACUUAUUAAAAUUACAUCUCACUCACCCACAGAAAACCAUUCUUUAACGUGAAUAGAAACCAAGCCCUUGUGAACACUUCUAUUGAACAUGACUCAUGGAGAAGAGCUUGGCUCUGAUGUGCACCAGGAUUCUAUUGUUUUAACUUACCUAGAAGGAUUACUAAUGCAUCAGGCAGCAGAGGGCUCAGGUACUGCCGUUGACAAAAAGUCUGCUGGGCAUAAUGAAGAAGAUCAGAACUUUAACAUUUCUGGUAAUGCAUUUCCCGCCUGUCAAAGUAAUGGUCCAGUUCUCAAUACACAUUCAUAUCAGGGAUCUGGCAUGCUGCACCUCAAAAAAGCCAGGCUCUUGCAGUCUUCUGAGGACUGGAAUGCCGCGAAGCGGAAGAGGCUGUCUGAUUCCAUCGUAAAUUUAAACGUGAAGAAGGAAGCUUUGCUGGCUGGCAUGGUUGACAAUGUGCCUAAAGGCAAACAAGAUAGCACAUUACUGGCCUCUUUGCUUCAGUCAUUCAGCUCCAGGCUGCAGACCGUUGCUCUGUCGCAACAAAUUAGGCAGAGCCUCAAGGAGCAAGGAUAUGCACUCGGUCAUGAUUCUUUAAAAGUGGAGAAAGAUUUAAGGUGCUAUGGUGUUGCAUCAAGUCACUUAAAAACUUUGUUGAAGAAAAGUAAAGCUAAAGAUCAAAAGCCUGAUACCAAUCUUCCUGACGUAAGUAAAAACCUCAUCAGAGACAGGUUCGUAGAGUCACCACAUCAUGUUGGACAAAGUGGAACAAAAGUCAUGAGCGAACCGUUGUCAUGUGCUGCCAGGUUACAGGCUGUUGCAAGCAUGGUGGAAAAGAGGGCUAGUCCAGCCACUUCACCCAAACCUAGUGUUGCUUGUAGCCAGUUAGCGUUACUCCUUUCAAGUGAAGCCCAUUUGCAGCAGUAUUCUCGAGAACACGCUUUAAAAACGCAAAAUGCGAAUCAGGCAGCAAGUGAAAGACUUGCCGCCAUGGCCAGAUUACAAGAAAAUGGCCAGAAGGAGGUUGGCAGUUUCCAGCUCUCAAAAGGAAUGUCAAGCCAUCUCAAUGGUCAGGCGAGAACAUCAUCGAGCAAGCUAAUGGCGAGCAAAAAUACAGCGUUUCAGAACCCGAUGGGUGUUGUUCCUUCUUCCCCCAAAAAUGCAGGCUAUAAGAACUCACUGGAAAGAAACCAUCUAAAACAAGCUGCUAAUAAUAGUUUGCUUUUACAUCUUCUGAAGAGCCAGACCAUACCAAAGCCGAUGAAUGGACAUAAUCACAGUGAGAGAGGAAGCAUCUUUGAGGAUAGUAGUACCCCUACAACCAUCGAUGAGUACUCGGAUAACAACCCUAGUUUUACAGAUGAUAGCAGUGGUGACGAAAGUUCCUAUUCCAACUGUGUUCCCAUAGACUUGUCUUGCAAACAUCGAAUUGAGAAACCAGAACCUGACCAGCCUGUUUCUCUUGAUAAUUUAACCCAGUCCUUGCUAAACACUUGGGAUCCCAAAGUCCCCACUGUAGACGUCAAAGAAGAUCAAGAUACCUCAAAGAAUUCUAAGCUCAAUUCGCACCAGAAAGUGACUCUUCUUCAGUUGCUACUUGGCCAUAAGAAUGAAGAAAGUGUAGAAAGAAACAGCAGCCCCCAGGAAGUACACGGCGAUGUGACCAAGUUCGGUAGCCAGAACUUCGCGAGGACUUCCGUAAUAGAGAGCCCCAGUACGAGCAGGACUACCCCCGUGAGCACUCCUCCUUUACUUUCCUCCACAAAAGCAGAGUCUCCCAUCAACCUUUCCCAACACUCUCUGGUCAUCAAGUGGAAUCCCCCACCGUUCGCCUGCGGCUCCCAGGCUGAAAAGCCAGCGACCUCCGCGUCGAACCCCCUGAUGGACCUUACAAAGAGCAAAGACCCGCUGGGAGAGAAGCCGGCCCACAGCGAGGGCGCACAGAACUCCGCGACCUUCAGUGCCAGCAAGCUGCUGCAGAACCUGGCUCAGUGCGGAGUGCAGGCGUCCGCCCCGGGAGAGGAGCAGCGGCCUAGCAAGCAGCUGCUGAGCGUGAACGCGGACCGGCCCCUGGGCAUGGUGGAGAGGCUGAGUAGCCCUCUGCUCUCAAACAAAACCAACGCGGCGGAAGACAACAGGGCGUUCGGCAGUCCAGCGGCAGGCCCCGAGGCGGGACUUUCUGGCUCCGAGAUCGAGAAUCUGCUGGAGAGGCGCACUGUCCUCCAGCUGCUCCUGGGGAACCCCAACAAAGGGAAGGGCGACAAGAAAGACAAGACUCCUCUGAGAGAUGAAAGUGCUCAGGAACACGCGGACAGGGCUUUAAGCGAACAGAUACUGACGGUGAAAAUAAAAUCCGAGCCCUGCGAUGACCCGCGCAGCCCCAGUCCGAGCGUGCGCCUGAGCCCCGACGCCAGGGGCGCCCCGUUCCCAGGGGCGGCGCCUCCCGCGCAGAGGAGCGCGCCCGACGGUCUCAAGGCGGAGCCCGUUUCACCGCAGGAUUUCUCCUUCUCCAAGAACGGCCUGUUGAGUCGGCUGCUGAGGCAGAACCAGGAGAGUUACCUGGCGGAGGAGGGGGACGGCAGCCGCAGGAGCGGGGAGCUGGCGCUCCUGGAGGCCAGGACCCUCUGCGUGGUCCCCAAGAAGAGGAAGCUUUAUAGCGAGCCCUUGGAAAACCCGUUUAAAAGGAUGAGGAACAGCGUAGCUGACGCCGCCGACAGCCACGGCGCCCCGGAGGGGCUGUACGGGCCCCCGCUGAGCCAGCAGGAGCUGAAAUGCAGCAGAAGUGAUCUUGAGUUCAAAUUCCCCGGCAGCCAGGGCCCCGCGGGCGACGCCGAGCACCGCGCGUGGGCCCGAGAGAGCAAGAGCUUCAACGUCCUCAAGCAGCUGCUCCUGUCGGAAAACUGCGUCCGGGAUCUGUCCCAGCACAGGAGCGGCUCCGCCGGGGAGGGCAGGAGGAAGGGACACCGAGGCGCGGCGGGCGGCGGCAAGCCCGAGCUGAGCAUUCCGGCCCUCGACGGGCUGCUGUACGGCCCCGCGCAGCCCGGCGGCUGCGGGGACAGCAGGACGGGCCCCGGCCCCCGCCCGGGCCCCGGCCCCGGCCCCCGCCCCCGCCCCUGCCCCUGCCCGGCGCGCGCCCCGCCCAGCCCCCCCUUCCCCGAGCCCGGGGGCUGCGCGGGCUCCAGGCCGGAGCCGGGGCCAGCGAACGGCUGUGCGGGCGGCGCCGGCGACAAGGGCCCCAUUAAGUGGGUCAUCGCCGACGCGGACAGGAACGGGUACGAGAGGGACUGCCCGCGGCUGACCAAAACCAACCCCAUCCUCUACUACAUGCUGCAGAAAGGGGGCGGCCCCGUCGCCGGCCGGGACACGCAGGACAAGGACGCGUGGGGGGAGCCCUCCUCCGCGGAGAGCGUCGCGCAGGUCACGGUCAAGGAAGAGUUCCUCCCCGCGGCGGAAACCAGGGCGGCCGGCUUCAGCCUGAGAGGCCCCUACAGCAGCCCCCCGGGGAGGAGCGCCCCUCGCCCGCACAGCGCGAACGGGGAGGGGUACGGACUGCUGGGAAACGUGCUGGCCAUAAAGAAAGAAGCCGAGUGAAAUGUACCCGCCAUCCAGCUCCCGAUCUUCUCUUUCCUUGUCUUUUCUUUUCUUUUCUUUUUUUUUUUUUUUUUUUUUUUUUUUUGCAAACUGCUUAGUAUGAACUUGCGACCUGUAUAAAUAAGAGCAUGAUUUGAGAAAAGCAUGGUAUAACUGAAACUUUUUUCAUUUCGAGAAGUAUUGGUUGCUGGUGAUGUCUAAAUAUGCACACUACUUUUUUGCUUUACGUUAGAUGUCAUGAGGAAACUACUGAACUAGCAAAUUGGUUGUUUAACACUCUGUAUGCACCAAACAACAACUGUGAGUAGCCUAUGAAUGAAAAAUCUUUUAUAAUCCAGUAAUAGGCGUAAAUUAAAAUGUAAAUCUCCAUCCAUAGUGGAUUAAUGCAUUUUGCUGCCUUUAUUAGGGUACUUUAUUUUGCUUUUCAGACGUCGGCCUACAUAACACAUUUGUUUUUAAAUCCAAAUUGUUCAAUGACUCUUUAAAUAUUAAUCGUUGAAUUAAAAAAAAGAACCUAAUUCACUUCUCAUUAUCCGAUUCAGAAAUAAAUUAGAAAAAAUAGGCUUACAUUUUUCACUUUUGCUAAAAAAAAAAAAAAAAGAAGAAGAAGAAGAAGACGUAUUUAUUUUUAACUCUUGGAAGGGGUUUUGUGGUUCCCAAUGUGUCUGCCCCACCCCAGUCCUUUUCAAUAUGUAUUUCUUUAAACCUUGUACUACUUAGUAAAAAUUGAUUACAAUUGAUGGAAGUUUGAUAGAUCCUUAAAAAAAGGCAGAUUUCCAUUUUUGUAUUUUAGCUACUUUACUAAAUUAAUAUUCCUCCUUUUACAGAAUUAGGAAAGUUAACCAUUUACCUUCAGGUGGUUUCCUGAAUAGUUGACUAUUUAAGAAGUUGUUUUUAACAGAAGCAAAAUGGCUUUUCUUUGGACAAUUUUCACCAUCUCUUGUAAAAGUUACUUCUCACCAUUUCUGUGGUACCUGUGAGUCUUACGACCAGGGUUUCUUAAAAGCUGGACUCAGACCACCUGCAUUAGAAUCAUCUGGAGCACUUGUUUUAAAAUGCAGAUUCCUAGGCAGCAUCUCAGAUCUACAGAUCAAGAAUCUCUGCUAAGUGGACCUGGGAAUCUCCCAGCUGCAUCUUAACACACUUCCUAGAUGUUUCUUCUGCACACUCAAGUUUGAGAACCAUUGCUUAUGACUUUUCUCAGAACACAGGACUGUAAAAAACAAACAAACAAAAAACCAAACUACUUGAUGCCUAUAUUUUCCCCAAUACAGUUAUACAUCAACUCAAAAUUUGCAAUAUUGUAGUUCAUAUAUAACCGUUAUGUCUUUGGAAAUCGGGUUCAGAAUACUUUUUAUGACAAAAAAAAAAAUUGGGUGGAGGGGACAACUUUCAUAUCUGGCUCAACAUCUCAGGAAAAUCUGUGAUUAUUUGUGUGUUCUAAUGAGUAACAUCUACUUAAUUAGCCUUAGGGAUGGAAUAACAGGGCCACUUACCAAACUCAGGUGAUUCCAGGAUGGUUUGGAAACUUCUCCUGAAUACAUCCUUAGUUUCUAUUAAAAUCAUUGUCCUAAGAACAUUGCUGACCAAGACAAAAAUAUUUCUCUCAAACCCAAGAAAGGCACUCAACUCAGAUUGACUAAAGAGAAAAGUACAGAGGGCACAUAUACAUGACAAAGUUGCACACAGUCCCUCCAUUGGUCCUACUCUUUUAAAAUUGCAAUUAAGACAUAAACAUUGAUGUUCUCUUGGAAGAACUUCUUAUCGAGCCACAUGGGGUUUUGAUCUUGAAACAAGUCCCUAUGUUUUAAGUUCAGCUUUCACAGUCCACAGUUUGUUCACCAGAUAAUACUUUUGUUUUUAAAAGUGAACCAGGUUUGCAACUGACCUAUCAAAAAAUUGUUAUAUAAUCAACUAUUAAUUAGAAGGAAAUCUAUUUGAAGUUGUUCUACUUGAAGUUGUUUCUAAGAUUUUUUAUAUUAAAAAUGGGCGUUAUUUCCUAUAUGAUCUAAAACCCUAAAUGAUUAUUUUUUUCUCAAAAUGAUUUGUAAAUAGUUACUGGAUAUAUUAUAAAACAAUAGUCAGGAGUGAAUAUUAUGCUACAUCAUGGAGAGAUGAAGGCGUAUGCUUAUUCUGAAGUGAAAAUCCCACUGGCCAGUGAAUAUAUUCUAUUCCAUCCCAUAUUGACUCUGUGACAAUCUUAUUGUCUCCACCAUAUAAAUAAGUUUUUAAGCAAGUCAUUUUUUUUUUUCCUGCCAUUGUGAAAGGUCUGCAGCCUUAGAGGUAUGCUAGAAAAAUUGUUGGUAUUCCCCUUUGGUCGGGGGAAAAUGGGCUUUCACAAGGGAGUGAAAUUUAGGUCAGGGAAAAGAGUAUCAAGGGCCAGCAUUGCUAUCUUUUUGUUUGUUUCUUUGAUUGGUUGGUUGUUUUUGUUGUUGUCAUUGUUAACAGUUAAAGGAAUGAGGAUAUGUAAUACGUAGAUAAACAUGACCAGAAGAAUGAUGUUCUGAUUUACUAGAGAAUGUCCCCAGUUUGACUUUAGGGUGAUUUUAAAGAACAGUCAGAAAGGGCAUACAUCCAUAACUUCACUUUGUUUAUGCAUAUGUAGUUACAAGACGCGCAUACACACGUUUUCAAGGACUAUUUUAGAUAUCUAGACAAUUUCUUCCCGAUGAAGUCGUUUGUGAAAGGGUACUACAGCUCUCAUUGACAUCAGUAAGGUAGCAUUACCUGUUUAUUCUCUGGUACGUGUUACAGAAGAGUAAACUGGUGAGAGUAUAUAUUUUAUAUAUAUAUAUAUAUAAUAUGUAUAUAUAUAUAUUGACUUGUUACAUGAAGAUGUUAAAAUCAGUUUUUAAAGGUGAUGUAAAUAGUGAUUUCCUUAAUGAAAAAUACAUAUUUUGUAUUGUUCUAAUGCAACAGAAAAGCCUUUUAACCUCUUCAGUUUCUGUAUAUUCCAUGUAUAAGUGUAAAUAUAAUCAGACAGGUUUAAAAAUUGUGCAUGAUGUAUACAGUUGCAAGUCUGGACAAAUGUAUAGAAUAAACCUUUUAUUUAAGUUGUGAUUACCUGCUGCAUGAAAAGUGCAUGGGGGACCCUGUGCAUCUGUGCAUUUGGCAAAAUGUCUUAACAAGUCAGAUCAGAUGUUCAUCCCAACAUGACAGUAUUCCAUUUCUGGAUAUGACUUCUGUGGUUUAAGCUUUGUGAAAGAAUGUGCUUUGAAUCCAAGGGUCUUAAAACUUUUUAAAAUCAAGUCAACCACUUUUCAACAUUAAGAGUUCACACAACUACUUUCAUGAAUUUUUUAAUCCCAUUGAAAAUGUAAUAUUAUACCAGGAGUAUUCCAGUCUGCUGGAAUACAGGGACAUUACCGUUCAUAUGAAUUUUGGGGUUUACACAACCAAUUUUAAUGCUAUCGGCUUAGUAAUAUAAUUUGUCAUUUUUAUUAGAAAUUUAAUUUCUUCAUGUGAUAUCAUGAAACUGUACAUACUGCGGUGUGAAUUUUUUUUGUUUUGUUUUUUAAUCUUUUAGUGUUUACUUCCUGCAGUGAAUUUGAAUAAAUGAGAAAAAAUGCAUUGUC